UGGUACAUUUGAAAAUUUGGAAAAACUGUUGUUUACUUGUAUCGCCGUCUCCGGCAAAAUUACAUGUGGCUCUGUAACCUCGAGCAAAUAUACUUUGAGAAAAUUGGUUGAAGGCACAUUAAAUAUUAAAAAAAAAAAAAAUACUUUGAGAAAAUAUAUAAGAGAAAAAAUAAUAAAGUGAACGCAGGAGUAUUUUAUUUUCGAAUUUAUUCUCUAUAUUUUUGUCUUUGCAUCAAUUAGUCUAAACUAUUGCAACCAUGAAUGACGAGUUGUUAGAUGAUAUUAUGAAUAUGUACAAGACAGCAAAGCCUUUGAAAGUAGUAAUGCCAUGUCCUUCUAGUCGAAGAAAGAGACUGGAUAAUAGAGCUUUAGUUCACAUGGAAUCUUUCGUUAAUAAAGUUAGCACAGAAUCAGAAACAGACUAUGUAAAGAAAUAUAAAGAACAGGAUGAUCAAGAAUUUUUAAUGAUGAAAAAUAAUAUGCUUUUUGUCAAAAAUAAUGACAUGGACAAUAUGUCGGAAGUCACUGCACUUGAAGAAAGAACAGAAGGAUUCAGUGAAGCACAUACAGCUCAAAUUUAUCGAACCUACAAUUUUUCUUAUCGAUCUAAGACUAAUUUACCCAUUAAUGCUGUGAGAGAUAAAAUAGUGUCUAUGAUUGCGAGCAAUUCUGUUGUUGUCAUCCGUGGCUCCACAGGUUGUGGAAAAACAACACAAGUGCCUCAGUUUAUUCUUGAUGCUGAAUUUGAAAAGAAGCAACACUGUAAUAUUAUAGUUACUCAGCCAAGACGUAUCGCCGCUUUGAGCAUCGCGAAAAGGGUCAGCCAUGAGAGAGAAUGGCCUGUCGGGACCAUUGUGGGCUAUCAAAUGGGUCUGAUAAAGAACAUGUGUCUCGACACUCGUAUAACGUAUUGCACGACCGGUGUGCUCUCAAAGCUCGUAAACAAGCGACACAUGACUGAAUAUACCCAUGUUAUAUUGGACGAGGUGCACGAGCGCGACGAGGACAUGGAUUUCCUUCUGCUCAUAGUCAAAAAAUUAUUGCGGACGAAUUCCUCGAUGGUUAAAGUCAUAUUGAUGUCCGCGACAAUAGACGUGAAUAAAUUUGCCGAAUAUUUUUCCACGCCUGUGGAAAAUAAGCUUCUGCCGGCGCCUGUUAUCGACAUACCCCAGCGUAAUCCUUUCAAUGUUUCUAUAUAUUAUAUAGACGAGAUGGAAAAUUUGGGUAAUAUACCUAAAAUAUCCAUCAAUGAACCGACAUUCACUUCGGAAUUGGCUGAGUUUUGCGUAAAUAUUAUAAUGGUUUUUGAUGAAAUUGACAAAAAUAGUAAUGACAAUUCAGACUGUGCAUACGAAAGGCACGCCGUGCUAGUAUUUUUGCCUGGAUUAGCUGAAAUCGAAGACCUACGUACUUUACUUUCAUUACCAAAAUACACGGAUGCAAAAUGGGAUAUUAUUAUUUUACACUCGUUGAUUUCGACUGAGGAUCAAGAAAGUAUAUUUAAGAAGCCGCCAAGGAAUUCCCGACGUAUCAUACUAUCUACCAAUAUUGCUGAAAGUAGUAUCACUGUACCCGACGUCAAAUAUGUGAUUGAUCUUUGCUUAACGAAGCUUCUUGUGACUGAAUCUGGAACCAAUUAUCAAUGUCUACAGGUUUGUUGGGCAAGCAAAUCGAGUUGCCAACAACGUGCUGGUCGAGCAGGUCGUUUAAUGGAUGGUAGAGUUUAUAGAUUGGUGCCAAGAUCAUUUUACGAGACACUACUACCGGAAGAAACUCUUCCAGAAAUGCUAAGAGCUCCGCUGGCAAAUGUAGUUCUCAAGACAAAAAUGCUGAACAUGGGCGAGCCGAAAGCUCUGCUCGCCCUCUCUCUGGAUCCACCUAAUCUCAACAAUCUACGGAGCACUAUAUUAUUGUUGAAGGAAGUAGGCGCGUUACUUGACAAGGACGGGAGCAUUCAGGAGUUCGACGGAGAGCUGACACCCCUGGGUCGCGUGAUGGCCUCCCUCCCUUUAGAAGUACACGUGUCGAAGUUGAUCGUCCUGGGUCAUCUCUUCGGGGUUCUGCAGGACACGAUCAUUAUCGCGGCCAGCAUGUCCGUCAAGGAAUUAUUCAACAUCAACUAUCAAGAUCUAGACAACACCUAUACCCAGAAGCAGUUCUGGGCCGCCGGCUCGGAGAGCGACAGCAUAGCCUGCCUGAACGCCUUCAAGGUGUGGCGAAACGACAAGGCGAACCGUUACAUCACCACUUCACAAGAGGAGAAAGAAUGGGCCAGGCGGAAGUGCCUGCGCGUGAAGUCUCUGCGCGAGAUUGACGCCUUCGUGACCGAGCUGACGAUGAAAUUGCGCAACUUUGGGAUAGAGGAGACCAUGGGCAGCAGUAAAACCACUUGGGAGAGCUGCAACAUCGAGCAUGCCGUCAUCCUCAAGAUAAUAAUCGCUGGCGCGUUUUAUCCGAACUACUUCGUCAAGUUCCCGCACCGGGUGGAGGACUCUAAGCAGUAUGUGAAGAAAGCGCUGGCUUGCCGCGACCCGAUGCACACCGUCAUUCCGGGCUGGCCGUUGAAUCAGCCCGGGGCGCUGUACUCGCGGAGGUUCCAGGAGAUCUUCGGCGAGCACGUGAAGGACUCGAAUCCCGAGGACAUAACUGUGUCCUUCGACGGCUCGAACCACGUUUACAUCGAGCAUGAGAGAGAGAUUAGCGGUAAGAAGGAUUACUGGUUCGUGCAGAAUUGCAUCAAGAUAAGGCAGUGUCGGAUUCCGAUCACCAUACCAUUGCUGACCGAGACGGACGCAUCUCGGAUGAAGCAGCUCGGUCUUACGAAGGACUGCAAGAAGCUCGUCAUCUCGUCCUCGGAGCAGGAGGAGGAACCGUCAUGCAAACAAUAUAUGUACGACGAGAAGCCGUAUCCGGAGCUACCGAAUCCAUCCAAGUAUCAGUCGAAGGUGACACUCCAGGGUCCCACUUCCCCGAUGGAGAUCCAGCUGGUCCACAUGGUGAACUCGGGAUCGUCCAAGUUAGUGUUCGUGGAAUGCACGUCGGUGAACUCCGUUUUACUGAACACCUAUCCGGAUGAUCCUAGGGGACCCAUUCUUGUAGCUCAGACCAUCAGUCGAGGUUUCAAAAACUACUCGCAUCUCUACCUGCGAAAUACGACUGUGUUACCUAACACCCCUGGUCUAGCGGCGUUGAUUACUUUGAUCUUUAGCCCUUGUAUAGAAUUGAGGCGCAAUGCCAUGGGCACUUAUUACAUAGGCGCUCUGUGUGGACUGGGCUGCGAUCCUUCUACGGGGAGGAGCCUAUUUCCGGAGCACGAUAUGCAUAUUCUCUUCGACGUCAAGAUUACGAUGGACGAUUUGCGAAAGAUAAAUAAAUUGCGCCACUGGAUGAAUGUUGCAAUGAACUUCAGUGAAAGCCGUAGCGAGAUAGAGGACGAGGUUCAAAACGAGUUGACUAUAAAGUGCCAGAAUCAGAUCAAGAACGCAUUCAACGAUGUGAUAUAUAAAAUUCGUGAGCGGCAGGAGCCAAUUUCGACUACUAAUUUCGACAAAUGGAAUCGAUAUGACGAAAGUCUAUUUCUGGAGUCUGCCCGAGAAAUUAAGGAAAGUAACAUAUAUCGUUUACACAAAGCGUUGGAGUUGAACGAUGAAAACGAAGACCUCGAAGACAUGAUCAAGCAUUUGUUAGAAUUGGAAGUUUUGGCUUAUAAAAAUCCGAAUGAGACAAGUAUCGAAUCUGUUUUAUGCAAAUUGUGUAAAACAGAAGUACAAGGCAUUAUCAACCUUCGUGCACAUCUAUGUUCAGAACAACAUACAUCAAAGCAACGAAUGAUUGAUACAACUGCUGAAUUUGGAGAAGAUUUACAGGGUAUCUUAGCAAAAUUGAGGCUAUAAUAUGAUGUGAGCAAAAUUAGAUUACAGUUGAUUAAUUUU